AUGUGGAUUUCAAGCUGUUUUUAUAGACAGAAUAACAUAUCAGAAACCCCCAUGGAAGAAAUUAGAGUGGGGAAUAUUUAAAUAUCCUAUAUGAUUUAGUUAUGGAAGGAAAGACAAGAAGACAAAAAGCAUUAGUGAAGCUAAUCCCAUUAAAUAUUUAAACAAGAUAGCGCGAAUUAUUUAAUACAGAAAAGGUUAAAACACAGGGCACAUUCAGGAUUCUCUAUCUAUUAUUGCUCCUCUUCUUUCUUACAUUUUGACUAAGCCCAGUGAGUAGUUUGCAAACCAUACAUUUUCAAAGAAAUCUACAAAACAGAACAUUAAAUACAGUAUGCCCUCCGUCUUGACUUACCUGAGACUCAUCAAAUGUGUGAAUCAGCUGUCCAGACUCGAUGAGGCUCAAUUCCACCAGCAACCAAUGAGAGUUCUGCCCUGAUGGCCAAUUUUAUUUGAAAAUUACUGAUACCUGAAUGAGUUGAGAAUCGAGUUGAUUGACUCUCUGAGCCUAUAAAUCCGAGUGAUAUGAAUGCCCAAAUGAAGAAUAUUAUGACCUUGACAAUUCUAAAUGUGUAGCUUCUUGAGAUCCAGUAACCCAAGUCCCUAUAAAUAGCACUCAAACUGACAACAAAGCUUAUUGAAGAGGGUUUAAUUACUAUGUGAAUUCUAAUAGCACUGAGGUGGUGGAGUUAGGAACAAAAGAGUUUCCAUAUAAAGGUCUGAGUUUAGUAUUUAUUGAGCUUCUCAACUAUUUAAGCCACAGAGAUAUUAUUGUUAAUGUCUAUAUACUGGAAAAUACUGCCAAUUAUCUUGAGCUAAAUAAAAACUACAUUAUCAACAUUACCCAUGUGAACAUAUUGACUUAUUCAGUAACAGGAUCCGAUCCAACCCAUGCUAAUUUAAUUCUGAAAGACUCCGCCAUCACUACCAUAAACCCUUGGACUAAAUAUUCCCUUCUACAAUCAGAUAUGUUAGACAUGUCAAUUGUCACUUCUUCAGAUUCCUUUGCAACAUUAUUUGCACUUAAAGUUAUCUUUGUUCAUAAUUCUUCUUUGGCAAUUCAAAAUAUGCAUCUUGACUCAGAAUACUCCAAUAUUUAUACCGAUAACCGAUUUGUAUUUCCUUCUCAGUGAGGAAGAGGAAAAUCAAUCAGGUUUCAAGACAUAUACUCUUCUAUUUCUGGCUCUCUUUUGUCAUCGAUAUCUGCUGUGGAGGUGCAGGUUAAAAAUGUGAUUUUUGAUUGAUACAGAUCAAAAUAUUGUAUUAGUAUAUAUGCUCCUUGAAAUUUCCCUGAAGCAGAUUUUUAUGGGAAACUAAUCGUAGAUAACUUAACAUUAUUCGACUCUCAAGACAAGAUAGUUGCUUUCUCUGGAAGGGCUGUAAAUUUUUUUGGUUCAGGAAACAUGAGUGUCAACUACUUUAACUCCUCGGUGUAUAGUGAAGGAGCCGGAAGUGGAAGUAUCUUAUCAAUGCUUCCAGUCUCUGAAUGCAUUCCAGACACUACAGAAAUACAGUACUGUAAUAUGUCAAAUUCUUACUUAACAAUAUCUCAAAACUCUGACAACACCAGAUCUGCUCGGAUUGGCUUACUCCCAGAAGUGUUCAGGCCAAGAUCUGUCUAUGCUAAAGUUUUCUUUUCCAAUACUACUUUCGAAAAUAUAGCCAAUGAUUUGUUUCCCUUAGCAUACGUUAUAGCUGAUUUCUCGCCUGAUGUAAAUGUAGUCAACAUCACAGUUAAAGGAUGCUCAGCAAAAGACAACAUGAUGACCUUUGGAGGGGCUAAUAUUAAGAUGACCAAUAACUUGGUAGUAGACUCUAAAGUAAAUACACGAUCUGCAAUAGCCAUUAGAGGAGGUCUUACUGCUAUAAAUAAUACUUUUGAAAAUGUUAUUUUUGGAUCUGUUCAGAAUAGACAGAUAUUUUGGAUCCAGUUUUCUGAGCUUGUAUAUAUAGACAACAUUCAAUUUAUUGAUUGUAAGCCAAAUACUAAUUCAUUGUUUUAUUUUGAACAAGUUUCUGUCCCUUUUGUUAUUAAAAAUGCUCUCUUUAAAAACAUUGAAAACACAGAAGGACAUCCGUUUAUUUCUUCUUCAGAGCACUUUGGAGGAGUUUUCCAAAAUGUGACUUUCCAAGAUAUUUAUAAGCAAAGUGCUGAUGAUACCACUAAUGUUAUGAUGAGACUUGGAAAUUUAAAACUUGGUGAUCAAAACAAAUUGUCUUUGAUAGACUUUACCAUUUCAAAUUCAACUGUCCCCUUUAUUGUGUUUGAUUCUAUUACAAAUAUUGAAAGAAACAGUUCUUCAAUUGAUAUACAAAAUCUAAAAUACCAUGACUGAGUCUUUGAUUCAACCGAAAGCCUUAUUUCUUUAAAAAGCUUAUUCUCAUCUAGCGAUUUUGAAAUUAAAUUUAACAACUCUCUGUUCUACAACAUUAAAUUUGCCAGAGGAGGCAAAAUAUUUGAUUUUAAGCACCAAAUCUCCACACAAGUAGUGAUCCAAGAUACUGUUUUUACUAAUAUCACUGCAGGGAGUAUUUACUUGGAGUCACUUAAUAAGAAUGAUGCUGCAUCUACAUUAGUGCUGCUCUCAAACAUCACUGUUCAAGAAUGAGAGAUGGACGAUAAGUCAUUCCUCGAUGUUUCACAAGGAGGUAGACUCGAAGUAAGGAACUCAUUGUUCACUAAUAUGCACUCUUCUUAUGAAGGACCCAUCUUACACUCAGAAUUUGAAGGGACAGAGGUUAAUAUUUUCCGAAGCAACUUUACAAAGAACACUGCUAUCAACGCUGGAGUGUUUAGCAUCAAGGAACGUAGCCUGGUUAAGUGAACUGAAUGAAGAAUCUUCGAAAAUUUCGCAAUAUCAAAUGCUGUUCUAUAUGCUAAAAGCCAUGCUAAUUUUGAAUUUAUUGACACACUAAUCUAUAAUAAUUAUGCAAGAAGCACUCCUCUGGGUAGUAUUCUUGAUAGCACCAAAGCCUCUCUUAUUACUGGUGGAAGCAUUUAUGAUAAUAUAAAAAUAACUAAAGAAGAGUAUAUAUCUCAAAAUGAAGUAGUUUGAACGACCCUCUGUUUUUUGCCAGAUUCCAUAAGAACAAAAACAAAAGAAUCAUUUGAAACUAUUGAAGGCUUUGACAAAAUAGUUUUGUUAGAUGUUAUUUUUGGAAGCAUUUCAUUUCAGAGUAUGCAAAAUAUUUAUAAUCAAGAUCAACUUAUCAACGGGUUCAACUCUGAAAUAUCAAUAGAAAACUCUACUAUCAGCUAUUUCACAACAAAUCAUCCAAUUAUCACAGCGUCUUCAUCAGUUCUAAAUAUUUCAGCGACUAUUUUUGACAGAAUCAACAUGACUUCAUGGAAUGCCCCAGUGAUAUUGUCAAACUCAGAAUCUGUGACCACACUCAGCAAUGUUACUUACUCAAAUUCAUCAGGAAAGUUCAUUGAGGAAGCCAACACUGUCUGAAGCAUGGAUGGGGUGCACUUUUCGGAUAUCGAAACACAGAAAGAGCUUAUUUUCAUGUACUCGACUCUUGAUUGCUCCAUAAAGAACAUGUCAUUAAGCAAUAUCUCUGGCAAUUAUACGAGCUUCUUUAAGAUGAUAAAGUCCAAAGUGGGUCUUCUAGCAAAUAUUGAAAUUAGAGAUAUGCCAGGGGAAGGCUUCAGAAUUACAAAAUCUACUAUCAUUCUGAUCAACCAAAUAAAGCUCAGAAAUAUUACUAAAGGAUUCCAAGUAAUCAAUUCUGAAAUUGGAGAAAUCAGGAGCUCGGAGUUUAGCAACCUUGGAGGAGAAAACAUUUUAUCAGGAGGAGCAGUUCAUCUGAGAAACUCAAAAAUUAUUGGUGAUAACUUGACAUUUACUUCAAAUACCGCCUCAAGAGGAGGAGCUGUUUAUGUUGAAUGUCUUACAGCUUUAAGGGAAGAAUGAGAGGUAUCUUUUAGUAAAUCUAAUUUCACUCAAAACUCAGCCAAAGAAGGAGGAGCCAUCUAUUACGAUUCAUUCCGUCCAUUAUUUUUGAAUGUCUAUUUUAACAAUUCUGCUGAGUAUGGGCCAAAUAUUGGAUCCUAUCCAAUCAAAAUAUCUCAGGUCAACUCUAGUAUACAGAACAUAGAGUUUGAUUUUGUUGGAAGCGGAAUAAAAUAUCCUUCAGAAAUCAAACUGCAAAUAGUAGAUCAUGAUGGGCAGAACAUUGCAACUGACUCAACCUCUCAGAUUAAGAUAUCUCCAAUUACUUCAAAUACAUUUUUAACUGGAAUUGACUAUGCUCAAGUUAAAAAUGGAGUUGGAACUUUCGAUAACUUAGUGUUCCAAGCAGCCCCAGGAAAAUCAGGAAUUGAGUAUAAAGCAUUUUCGAAAUCAAUAGACUCGAGUCUUGUCACAAGGGUGUAUGGAAGCAUUGAUCAGAAUCUUAUAACUGUUAAUUUCCGAUGGUGCCAGCCUGGAGAAAUGUACUCAAGCAAUGAAACUUGAGUAGAGUGACCUCAAGGAACUUAUUCCCUUGAAUGGAAUUCUACUCAAUGCAUAGAUUGAAUGAAGAAUGCAGUUUGACCAGGAGGAAGCAAAAUUUUAGUAAAUCCUGAUUAUUGGAGAUCUAGCCUUAAUUCUACUGACCUGGUAAAAUGCCCUCUUAGAGGUAUCUGACUUGGAGGAUUUCAAGAAACUAAUAAAAAUCCUGUAGAAUGUUCAGAAGGAUACUCAGGCUAUCUCUGCACCUCUUGAACCAACCAUGGGGGAAAUGACUUUAUGAGAGUUGGAUUGUACGAAUGAGAGAAAUGCCCUAAUAAAAUGUAUAACUCUAUCAGAAUCGCCUUAUUAAUGAUUCUAGUUAUCAUUUUCAUUGUGAUAUUGAUCAUCAUUAACAUCAGGAAGAAGAAUGAAAGUCAGAAAUCCAUUAUAUUGAGAAUCCUUACCAAUUAUCUUCAAUUAAUGGGAAUUGCUGUUUCAUAUGGACUAGAUUACCCCAAUGCGUUAUAUGAUUCGUUCUCGUUUAUGGAGAGAGCUAGCUCAACCUCAGAAUCAUUCAUAUCUUUUGAUUGAUUCUUUAAUGAUGCGCAGAUGGAAUCUUUUACUUCUUCAACGCCAAUAUUCAAGCUAUUCCUUUCUACCCUGUUGCCUCUGUUUUUCAUUAUUAUGUCUGCUUUAAUUUGGGGCUUGCUUGGGCUUACCGGGCAUAAAUGGUUCGAAGAUACCAAGAGGAACAUAAGCAUCACUAUUAUCUGUAUUUUGUUCUUACUCCACCCAACAUUAACAAAGCAGUCUCUCAGCUUGUUCCAAUGCACUGAUGUUGGUAACGGAGAAAGCAGAAUGACAAUCGACAUGAAUAUCCAGUGCUACUCUGCCGAACACCUCAAAUGGGCUUUACCUAUUGGAGGCUCAAUGAUGGUUGUAUGGGUUAUUGGCUGCCCAAUGGCUGCAUUGAUCAUAUUAAUAAAAUUCAGAAAGAAUCUUGAUCAUGACAUUGUAAAAAGGUAUUUCCUGAUUUUGUACCAAGGAUUGAGACCAGAAGUGUUUUACUGGGAGUUUGUCAAUACUCUAAGAAAAAUAUUGAUUCCUUUAACAAACAUUCUUCUGUCAAGAGCAGACAUAUUUUACAGGAUAAUGUCAGCAGUCAUCAUUCUUGUUUUUAUGCUCAGAGUUCAGGAGUCCUUGAAGCCCUAUAAAUUUGAAGAAAACAACAAAGUAGAAAUUCUCGCAGUUCUCAGUGGCAUGGUUACCAUUUUUGGAGCUAUUAUUUCCCUUGAUAACACGAAUGAUCAAGAAAUUGAAGAUAUCCCAUUUCUAAGAGUUAUAUCGGUUUCAUUAAUUCUAACAGCAAAUGUUUAUUUCUUACUAAGAUGGAUUUUGUUAUUCUUAUUUUCGUUAGAAACAUCAAAUGAAAUUAUUUGAACAAUAAGGAAAGUCUUAGCCAAUCUUUUAUGCAAAGGAAAAACCAAAGCUUUUACAAUUGCAAACUCUAAGUCAUUAACUUCCAAAAACUGUAAGGAGUUUCAAUGAGAGAAAGUUUUGGUAAAGAAAAAGAAAAGAAGACAGAGGAAAAUCCCAAAGAAGAAACUAAAAAAUAGAAGAUUGAAGAUUGAAAGUAAUUGACCGAUGCAAGGUAUUAAAGAUAGGGGUAAUGGUACAGAACAGCCAGUCUAUAAUGAAAUUCUCGUACCAACUAGAUUAAAAGGAAAGAUGCAACACUUCUUUGAAAAAUUUGAAAACCAGCUACCAAGGAACGCUUCUAGCAACGAAGUCUUAGAAAAAAUCAUAGAAGAAGAACAAUUCGACCAUAAAUUUCUCCUAAACAGAAGACCUCCAACUCCUCUUGAGCCCCCUCCCUUAUCAACCCCACCAAGCUCCCAAUCCAACAGACCUCUCCACCCUAACAGCCCAAUCACUAACCCUCGCCUUACAAACAACAACAUUCUCUUCCACCUAUCCAAAAUCAAGCCAAAGAAAGACACUCCUUAAACA